AUGGAGAUAUUCGCAGAGCGGUAUCUACGAACACCUAACGCUAAUGAUAUUGCUAGGCUACUCUAUAUUGGUAAAAAACAUGGUUUUCCAAGAAUGUUAGGAAGUCUUGAUUGUAUGCAUUGGAAAUGGAAAAAUUGUCCAAUGACAUGGUCUGGGCAAUACGCAGGACGUAGUAUGUCACCAACUAUUAUCCUUGAAGCUGUACCAGAUUAUGAUCUUUGGAUAUGGUACGCAUAUUUUGGUAUGCCAGACACCAAUAAUGAUAUUAAUGUGCUGGAGUCAUCUAAUCUUUUCUCUAAUCUAGCUCAAGGUAUUGCUCCUCCCGCUCACUAUGUUAUUCAAGGAAAAGAGUAUAACAUGAGUUAUUAUUUACCUGAUGGUAUAUAUCUAAAAUGGGCUACUAUUGUACAAACAAUCCAACAGCCACAAGGUAGGAAGAAAAAAUAUUUUGCCAUGAAACAGGAAGCAUGUAGAAAAGAUGUAGAACGUGCGUUCGAAGUUCUCCAGUCACGAUUUGUAAUUAUGGCAGGAUCAGCACGUUUUUGGAAAAAAAUAUGUGUCACAUGA